AUUGGUCGGUGGCUGGGCCGGGGCGGGUGCGCGCGCAUCGCCGUGCUCGGGAGGUGGCUGCCGCUGCGCUACGGGCCGGGGGCUGUCUCCCCCCUCCCCCGCCCCCCAGCCUGACGUCGGCAGGGCACGAGCCCCUGCGCUGUGCGCAGAAGCUGACUUGGCAUGGAUGUGUAAAUAUUUUCAUGUCUUUGCUGACAAAGAAGGUGCUGUAAUAUGAGAGUCUGAAAAUAGCAUUGAGAAAAACGACAAAAUGAGUAGUCGCCGAAAGUGUGCAGCUCCAUCAAAAAUAGAUGAUGUGAAGAAAAAACAGUUCUGCUGGAAUAUGCAUGAAGACCGGAGAAAUGAGGUGAUAACACUAGAUGAUGAAAUGACCAAUGAGGAUGAUGCUCCAGGCCCAAGCACUUCCUCUUCAUCCUUCAUUGUUAUAAAUGAUGAUAGCACUGAUGAGGAUCUCAGUCAAAAAGAAGACACUGGUACAAAGUCUGUUAAGUUUUUUACAGUUAAUGACGAAGAAGACUCAUAUUCCACCUUGACUCCUGUGUCAGUACAGCUAAAUAUUACUGUCCUGCCAUACCGUGCGGAUGGGUCCUGGAAAGCAUUGUUGGGAGAAUUUGCUCUUUGUCAUCCUUCUGAGCAAGUUCUACCUGAGGAAUUCCAUGAAAGGGGCUUUACUUUGAUGAGGGGAGACUCUGACAAUCACCUGCAGGUCUGUGUCCAUAAAAGAAGCGAAGAAGAGUACAGUAAUGAAACAAAAGAAUACCUGGAUGCUUAUGAACAAAUUAUUAUGGUGGAACCAACUUUAGGUGGUGAAAUAUUGGAAGGCUUGAGAUGGUUGCAAAAGAAAAAGAUAAUUGGCCUUUAUCAAAGGCCUGCAGAGGCUCAGGCUUUAAAGGUUGGAAUUUACCUUCUGGAAGCUGGGCUUAGUAAACCAGAUUUUCUCAGUGAUGGAGGUGGAAGACCCAAAAAAGCUAAUCAGCUGAUUCAAAAACUCAUGGAAAAGUUCUAUAGUUUUAUAAUUCCAGAUGUGCUGGAGGAAGAUGAAGAAGAAUCUGACAUGGAACUAGAGCGCCAAAAUAUUGAAGAGCUUUAUGACUUUGUAAGGCAUAUCCAUCAGCAGGAUAUCCAAUUGCUGAGAGAGGAUGUGCAGCAUCCUGCCUUAAUUCCCAUUCUGAGGCCGUACCAAAGGGAGGCUGUGAAUUGGAUGCUUCACCGAGAGAACUUCACAGGCACUCCAAGCAGUGAAAAUGCACUGCACUUCUUAUGGCGAGAGGUCAUCACUCUGGAUGGAGUGAAAAUCUACUAUAAUCCAUUUACUGGCUGUAUUAUCCGUGAAUAUCCGUGUGCUGGACCUCAGUGGCCUGGAGGUAUUUUGGCAGAUGAGAUGGGUCUUGGAAAAACAGUAGAAGUGUUGGCUCUUAUUCUAACUCACACCCAAAAAGACAUUAAGCAAGAUGAUUUGACAUUACCUGAGGGUAAGCUUGUGAACUUCUUUGUUCCACCUCAACCUUUAGAAGGAAAUAAAAAGAAAAAACCAAGGGAAAUGGAGCUGAAAUUGAAAGAAAAGAUACAAUAUCCCAGCUUACGAGUAAUGGUAUUAGCAGCUGUAAAGGAGAUGAAUGUGAAGAAAGGAGCAUCCAUUAUUGCAAUAUUUAAGUAUAUCAGUGCUGUCUAUAGGUAUGACAUACAGAGAAAUAAACGUCUUCUCAAAAGAACUCUAGAAAAACUAAUUGCAGAACAAGUAGUGGAACAAGUCAAAGGGCAUGGUCUGGCUGGGUCUUUCAAGCUGGGAAAGAAUUACAAGGAACAGAAGAGACGAGAGAGAACCAAAGAACAGAUAGCAAGGACUUCAGAAAGGAUUCAGAAGAAGCAGUUGAAUGAUGCUAAUACUCAAACCAAAGAAUCAAAAAAUAAUGAUGUCACUUCUGAAAAUGUCCUUAAAAUCCCUUUACAAGUACAUAUCACCACAGAAGAACAUGAUUAUUGUGCAACUAGGAAAAAGAGCAAGAAAUCUGAAGUAGAUCACGAGAACUCUGUAGAAGAUAAUGAUGUUCAGCAGGAAGCUAUGGUCCCAAAGUCUCUUGACUUGCGUGGCAGCCUCCUUAUUUCCAGUGACAUUAGCAGUCGUCCUGAUCUUGAUGUUUCUAAAAGUAAAGCUGAUGUCAAACCAGAAAUCCCAAAGGACCAAUCCUCACAUUCCCAAGAACAUGCCAGCACUAGUGUGCAGCAUGCAAGUUCUGUAUUUCCAUUUAAUACCUCUGAAUAUCGUUUUGAAUGCAUCUGUGGUGAGCUUGGAUUGGUUGACUAUAAAGCUCGUGUGCAGUGCCUGAAAUGUUCUUUAUGGCAGCAUGCGGAAUGUGUAAACUACAAAGAGGAAAACUUGAAGAUCAAGCCCUUUUAUUGUCCCCACUGCCUUGUGUCAAUGAAACCAGUUUCCACCGGAGCAACUCUGAUAAUUUCUCCAAGUUCUAUUUGUCAUCAGUGGGUAGAUGAGAUCAACAGACAUGUGAGAUCGUCAUCUCUUCGAGUUCUGGUGUAUCAAGGUGUGAAGAAGCAUGGCUUUUUGCAGCCGCACAUGUUGGCAGAACAGGAGGUGGUUAUCACCACAUACGAUGUCCUCCGCACUGAACUGAACUAUGUAGACAUACCCCACAGCAACAGCGAAGAUGGACGCCGUUUCAGGAACCAGAAGCGGUACAUGGCCAUCCCAAGCCCCUUAGUAGCAGUGGAGUGGUGGAGGAUCUGCCUUGAUGAAGCACAAAUGGUUGAAUGUACUACUGCAAAGGCUGCUGAAAUGGCACUCCGUUUAAGUGGAAUCAAUCGCUGGUGUGUCAGUGGCACUCCUGUGCAGCGAGGAUUAGAAGAUCUGUAUGGAUUGGUUCUUUUUCUUGGAGUUGAUCCUUACUGGGUCAAACAUUGGUGGGACCAGCUUUUAUAUCGACCUUAUUGUAGGAAAAAUCCCCAUCCUCUCUACAGUUUAAUUGCCAAGAUAAUGUGGAGAUCAGCAAAGAAAGAUGUGAUUGAUCAAAUUCAAAUCCCGCCUCAGACAGAAAACGUACACUGGCUUCACUUUUCUCCUGUGGAGAGACACUUCUAUCAUCGCCAGCACGAGGUGUGCUGCCAGGAUGCAUUGGCAAAACUCAGGAAGAUUUCAGAUUGGACUCUUAAGCUUAGCAGCCUAGAUAGAAGGACUGUGACAUCCAUUCUGUACCCUUUGCUGCGGCUGAGGCAAGCCUGCUGUCAUCCACAAGCUGUUCGGGGAGAGUUCUUGCCAUUACAGAAAAGCACCAUGACCAUGGAAGAACUGCUAACAUCUCUGCAGAAGAAAUGUAGAACAGAGUGUGAGGAAGCUCACCGACAGUUGGUGUGUGCUCUCAAUGGCUUAGCUGGUAUCCAUAUCAUUAAAGGAGAAUAUGAAUUGGCUGCAGAGCUGUACAGAGAAGUGUUACGUUCUUCUGAAGAGCACAAAGAAAAGCUCAAAACAGAUUCCUUGCAAAGACUUCAUUCUACACACAAUUUGAUGGAAUUGUUGGCAAAGCACACAGGAAUUCCUCCAACUUUGCGUGAUAGCCGACUUGCAGAAGAGGCAGAACAACUUCGACAGCAUUAUAUGAGUAAAUCAAAUGCAGAAGUUGCAGAAGCCCAUCAGGCUUUACAGCCAGUUUUCCAGACCAUUCGGGAGCUCCAGAGAAAGAUACAUUCUGGUUCUCCUUGGUGGCUGGAUGUCAUCCAGACUGCAAUACAGUAUGCCAUUGAUGAGGAACUUGUUCAACGUGUGCAAAAUGAAAUAACCAGCAACUACAAACAGCAGACAAGUAAACUCUCCAUGGCAGAGAAAUUCCGUGACUGCAGAGGCCUUCAAUACCUGCUCACAACCCAGCUGGAUGAAGUAAAGAAGUUUCAGAAGAUUGUAAGAGAAGCAGUGAAAAACUUAGAAGGCCCUCCCUCAAAGCAGGUUAUUGAGGCUGCCACUAUUUGCCAUUUGCGACCUGUUAGACUUCCACUGAACAAUUGUGUCUUUUGUAAGGCUGAUGAGCUGUUCACAGAAUAUGAGUCGAAGCUCUUUUCUCAUACUGUUAAAGGCCAAAUGGCUAUAUUUGAAGAGAUGAUAGAAGAUGAAGAAGGGCUAGUUGAUGACCGUUUGCCCACCACAAGUAGAGGACUGUGGGCAACCAGUGAAACUGAGCGUGCCCUGAAAGCUAUUCUCUCCUUUGCUAAAGCUCACCGGAUGGAUGUUAAGCUAACUGAAGAAGGUAGCAUAUUUCUGGAACUCUUUGAAGCAUGGAAAAAGGAAUAUAAGUUACUUCAUGAAUAUUGGAUGGUGCUAAGGGAUCACGUGUCUGCUAUUGAUGAACUAGCAAUGGCUACAGAACGGCUGAGGGUGCGUCAUCCUGAUGAGCCAAAACCAAAUCCACCAGUUCUCCACAUCAUAGAGCCACAUGAGGUAGAGCAAAAUCGAGUGAAACUUCUGAAUGACAAGGCAGUUGCUAAAUCACAACUACAGAAGAAAUUAGGACAACUUCUGUAUCUCACUAAUCUGGAGAAGUCUCAGGAUAAAACAACUGGGGGAGUUAAUCCAGAACCAUGUCCCAUCUGUGCACGUCAACUCGGAAAACAGUGGGCAGUGCUGACAUGUGGACACUGCUUUUGUAAUGAGUGUACAGCUAUCAUCAUAGAACAGUACAGUGUUGGCACACGCCGGAGCUCAAUUAAAUGCGCCAUUUGCAGGCAGACAACAUCUCAUAAAGAAAUAUCAUAUGUCUUUACUGCAGAAACUGCAAAUCAGGAGGAUGAUAUUCCUGUAAAGGGAAGUCAUUCCACCAAAGUGGAAGCUGUGGUUCGAACACUGAAGAGAAUACAAUUUAAAGAUCCAGGGGCCAAAUCCUUAGUUUUCUCAACGUGGCAAGAUGUAUUGGACAUAAUUUCAAAAGCUUUGUAUGACAACAAUAUGACUUUUUCUCAGAUCAAUGGAAUUAGUAAGUUUCAGGAAAAUCUUUCUGCAUUUAAAUAUGAUCCCAAGAUCAAUAUUUUGCUGCUGCCCCUUCAUACUGGUUCCAAUGGACUAAACAUAAUCGAAGCGACUCAUGUUCUGCUUGUGGAACCCAUUCUGAAUCCUGCACAUGAGCUUCAAGCCAUUGGCAGAGUACAUCGUAUUGGCCAGACAAAAUCUACAAUUGUUCAUAGAUUCCUGAUAAAAGCAACAAUAGAAGAAAGAAUGCAGACUAUGCUGAAAACUGUAGAUAGAAGGUUGGUUUUGCAGUCAGUGCAAGAGUUGUCCAGAUGCCAGCUCCCACACAAGCUCUUCCAUGAAACAGUCAGAAGCUUCAGUUCUGACAGUGGCAGAUUUGGCUGACCUUUUUACAGAGGAAACUGAAGAACUUGAGUAAAAACGUUGAUUUGAACUUGUGAAAUCAGAAAGUACCUGAUCUAAUGAGCACCUGUAUAUAGUCCACUUGAUCUGUCAUUCAUUUAAACACAAUCUAUCGUGUCCUUAAUAGAGGUAUCGGAAAUAGAAGAGUCUUUUAAUUGUUAACACUUUUUUCUGUGAUGACGUUCUUAGCAGCACACAUUUCUGAUAGCACUGGAGAAAACUUGCACUUUACACAUUAAACAAAAAUCUGGAUUUUAUUCCCAAAGAGCAUUUGAGCUGGAUGUUGAAGCUGAGAUCUUGAACUGCUGGACUUUUACCAUCAGGUUGGAUUGGUUAGUGAUUCAGUAUGAGAGCAAAACUAUGUGGGUGGUGGGGUGGGGAAGGGAAGCAGAAAAACACAAAUCUACUUUUUUUACUGUACAAAUAAUUGUUAGGAAGGAUGACUGUAAAUUAAUAUUCUUCUAGAAAGGGCUUCUAGGGUUGUUAACAUUUAAUGCCAAGUUACUGAAUGUCUUACUGGUAACACUUUAAUCUUUAUUAAUCAUUUGGAUAUUUGUAUUAGGCUUUUAGAUAUUCAUGAAGACUUGUGUGACAAAUUUUGUUGUUAAUGCUCACUCACUAAAAAUGAUAAAUUAAAUUAUGCUUUUUGUAUGAGUGUUGGUCUGGACCUCCGUUAAACACUUGAACAUAAUGUACAUUUUUCACUUACUUUUGAAAUCAUGACUACUUUAGUGCUGUGUUUAAAGAAAAAAAUAUAUGUUACAGAUUUUUUUUAAAGUAAAGGGUUAAGCUGCUGAUCACUUUAUAAUCAUUCAGUGCUUAUGUACAUUUUCUCAUCCUGAUUUUUUUGUCUAUUUCUACCUUCCAAAGAUGCAUCAGUCUAAAUAUUCAAAAUAUGAGAUUAAGUUAGGCAGCCUAAACGGUAAGUACCUAGUCUAAGUUAGAUAAUCAGUAAAGAGAUGAAACUUUUGUGGAAUUUUCCAUAUUUAUGUAUGUGAGAACACUGUGCACCAUGUCAGUUGAUUAUAGAAAUAGUUUAGGAAACAAAUCGAGGCUGACUUUUAAGAUGCUGAAGGUAGUCAAGACAAAUUCUAAGCCUUUUGGCAUAGGUUAUGGACACACCUUUGCUUAACAUCAAGCAAGGUCAGUUACACAGUGUUACGUUUAGAGAAUGUGGAAAUGUAUGCAUAAGCAACAGGCGACUUCCUUCAGAGUACAGUAUUUACUGUUUUAGCAGACAGUAGUUUUUGUGUAUUUUAGAAAUCUUACUUGAGAUUAACUGAGUCCUUUAAGAAAUCUCAGUGUUUGAAUUUUUAUUCUUAUGUCUGCUAAAUAGACUUGCAAUAUAAUUCUUGUUUUCCAUUUUCAAGAACAUUAUAUAUAAAUUGCACCUUGUAGCCUUUUGGGUAUUAAACCUACCUGCAUGACAAACAGAUUUUUCUUUGCUGACACCAAAUGUGUGUUGAAUUACGUGACUAAUAUUGCAUCAAGAAGUCCGUCUUUAGCAUUCUGUUAUCCAUCUGGGCCAAUUAGGUAACUUAUUCUAAAGACUAUUUGAGUAAAUUUACAGACAAUGAUUCUUUAUUUCCUGUAUUUGUAAUAUGUACUAGUCAUAUUUAUAUAUUUUGUUUUGGAAGUUACUGUUGUUUUGCAGAUUACAGUUUGCAGCAAGGGAAAUUGAGUACAUAGUAGACUUUUUUCAAUGAGAGUGAUCAAACAGUUUGCACAGACUGACACCUCCGUCAUUGGACUUUUUGGAACUCAAAUGACACUGAGUAACCUGAUCUAGCUUCAAAGUUGGCCCUAUGUUGAGUGGUAUUUUGGACCAGAUGACCUCCAUGGAUCCCUUCCAGCCUAAAUUAUUCUACAGUAUACUGGAGAUCGUGCUGUACAGACACUCUAGGAACUUUAAGGGAAGCAACGUUCCAGUUUUCUCAUCAUCCUCAGAGAAUUUCAAUACUGUACAAUGUAAUGUGGUGGAACAGGGAGCUUCUGUUCACUGUGAGAAAUUAUGUAUCUGUUUAAAAAAUGUGGAAGCAAAUAAUGUUUACACUCAUAGCUCCCAUUUUAAAUAACUCGAUGUGGGAAUAAUCAUUGUCAGAAGCAAACUGAAAAAUAUCUGCUGUUAAAGGUUUCCUAAGCUCUGCAAGAUUUUGGCAUGUUUGUAUAAAGAUGGCUGUUUAAAUGUUUAUUUACAAAAAUGUGGUGUUUGGAUUCCAAGCCAAAAGUGUAGCUUCUCAUCAAGCAAUGCGUGAGAUGUUUUAGUCCUGACUGUUUUUUAAUGCUUACGUAACAGCAUGUGAUGCCAGAGACCUGAUUCUGAGCACUGAGGACUGGCGUGCCAGAACCCAGAGCUCUGGAGACAUAACAUUAAUACACUUCUUACAGUUGUAAGGUUGAAUCAUUGGUGUGUAUGUAGCCAGAGUCAGUAAUAAAAUAGUUUCUACAAAUUUCACAUAAUAUUAAGUACAUAGACUAAAUUUAAAGAAUAACAUUGGAAAAAGCAAUUAAACUGUAACUUACCACUGUUUGCCAUUCUUUGCAGCAUUUCAUGUCUUUAACAGAAAUUUUCUUUCAGAUGCUUUUAAGACAGCUCAGGAGAUGAACUUGUUUUUCUGUUAAGGCUGCAGCUGGUACAACUGCAGUGCUUUUCUCUUAUCAGCAACAGAGUAAGCAUGUUUUCAUGGUGCUGCAAUUUUUGCCCUAUCAGGAGAGCACUCUUAAAAGAUAGUAUCUUAGGUGGAACGAUCUUUGUCCUAUCUUAAUUGUUCCGAUAUGCCAAUACAAAUGUUUUUUUUCCGAAGAAAGUAAAAGCCUGCAAAUACUGACUGCAGUAUUUGUGUGGACACAGUAAUAUACUAGCUUCUCAUGUGUUCUCCUGUGAAACAGUAUUGCCGACUUAUAUUUAUGUGUAUUUUCCAGUGCAGUCCCUGCAAAAAUGAGGAUCCAGCUGACUCCGAAGAACUUAACACUUACCUUCCAUCUCUUUCAGUUCCAUAGCUGUAAAAUAACAAUAAUGCUUUUUUUUCCUCUAGUCGGUGAUGAUUUCAGGACAGUUUUCUCCUCGUAUAAAAGUUCAAAGCCAUGCAAAAGAGAGCUGCCAUCUCAGUUAGGCAUCUGUAAAACCUUGAUGCAAAUAAAGACUUUCUUAAUCCACAGAAAAUAUCAGUGUUGGAAACUCAGGAGUGCAUUCCCUCAUUGUGUUAAAUUUAGCUCCAUAAAUCUCACUGUGGAUGUUUAAGAUGAGUUUGUAAGUCAAGGGCCAUUUUGCUCUCUAAAUCAGUCUAUGCCAGGAAAACAUUUUCAUCUUGGCUUGGUAGGUAACUCUCUUGCACGCUAAUGACAGUCCAGGAUAUGCUAUAGUUUCAUACAGGCCAAAUACUACAAAAGAGCAUUUGCCUCAAGUUUUCUCAUGCGUAUUAAAGCUUCAUGUUAAAGACUGGAUAUAGGACUUGAUGCUUUUUAUGAAAUGGGUCCUCUAAAAACUCUUUUCUGUCAGUAUCUGUAGAUAUUCAAGUUGUCUGCCAGCAGAGUGUCCUCUACUUUAAAAGUAACUGCACUUCAGUACAAGUGUGAGUGGGAUCCUACAGAAGUUUUUUGUUAAAACCAUAAUUAGACAUACUUCCUGUAGUAUUCUGUCUGGAUUAGUGGGUGAGGACCAGUUGGCAACUUGCUAGCACUGUCUUUUCUGACACAAACAGUGCAAUCACUGGAAAGAAUACAUGCUGUUGUUCUCUUUCCACCCCUUUCUACAGUCCUUAUUGACCAUAUUAUGCUUUCCAGGAGUCUCAAUUAUUUUAAUAGCAACUAUUAUUUCAUCUAGCUACAAAUGGAACCUUUUUUUUAAAAAAAAAAAACUUAGACUUACUGCUUAAAAUCUACACGAUGAGCAUGUCUAUAGACAGGCUAGUUGCAAAGCCACUGUGCCUAUGUUUUUCUUCCUUUUUUGGUUGCCUGAAACAAGCACACUCUUUACAAGGUUAUCUACUAUAAGUUACUGGAAUUUCAUACUGUGGAUGAAAAAGGGAUCCAGGAAGUCUGUCUGUCUGCGUGUCUCCCUCCCUCUGUCUCUCACAGCUUGCUCAGUUUAUUACAGAGAAUGUGUUUGGCCAGUGAAAGUAGAGUAGGUGAAUCACAAUCCAUGAAAUGGCUGCAGUAAAACUACUUUAGUGUGUCAGAGGAAAAGUGAGGGAGGGAAAUUAGCCUGUUUUUUGUUUUUGUGGCUGUAAUAUCUUUACCCCUAUUCACUGUAGAUGAAGAUUUGGAAUUUCACUCUGUUAAUUUUUGUAUUUCUCGUUUUAUGUUGUACAACUGGCAUAUAGGAAGGCCCGGUAAACUAAUUACUGAGCAAUCAGUGAGGCUUACAAGUUUUUAGUUUUAAAGUCUGUAGGCUUUGUAUUCAUAAACUGAACACGUGAACCACUAUCACAAGUCCUGUUGCAUCUACUGUCUUUCCCUCCUCUUCAGAGAAGGACAAUGUUGGGAACUCUUGAAUCAUUGCAAUACUGAUUCCAAGUCAAAAGUAGUCAUUUUAUGUUGCUUUGUGAAGAGCACAGUCAGCUGAACUUGCAGCUUUUGACUAGUUAAGGUAUUAAGUCAUCUGGGGAGAAAAAGAAUGAAGCAAGGUUCCUAAAAAAUGGAAUAACCUCUUUGAAAGUUGACAGUGUGAGAUUUCUGUAAACCUCUGGCUUCAUUUCCUUUUAUAUACAAUACGUCAAGCUUCCAGGUCUUAAAUCACAAGUCGCCUUGUUUUAUGUAUUUAUUCAACCAAGUGUAAGGUCUGAUUGCUUACAGGGUGUUUUAAAAUGUAAGUUUUGUGUGAGUUGGCUUAGAUCUUUUUUGUCUCUUUUCCUCCUAUCCUGUGGGUGCUAGGAAGUUAGGAAGAUUCACACUGUCACUGUGCAUUGUCCCCUUCUUGUGCUAACAAGACACCAUCAUUUGUCGAAGAACCGUCAAUGAAUGUAGGGUUUCUUGUGACUAUUACUAGGUAAAGGAAGAAAAUCUAGACUGCUGUUCUUGUUACCUAGUGGUGUUUUGUCCUGUCACACUCUGAGCAUAAGGAAAUGGCACUUACACACCAAGGUGUGUUCAGCCAUCUAUAAUGGCUUGUUCUGUACUAAUAGAGCAUACAUAUAUUCAUACACAUAUUCAGCAUGUGGUCUUGGAUAAUCAAUGUUUGCUGUCAAAAUUGUGCAUCAGUACAGAGCCACUACUACACUUAUAAAAAUCAGCUUUGGGUUAAGUCAAUAAGACAGAGAACAAUAUUUAAAGAAAACAGGAAAAAGGCAUUAUAUUUGACAUAUUUAUUGCUUGUUCUCCAACUGUGAAAUUUUUCAUUUUCCUUCUCCCCCCCUCCAUGCAAAUGACUUUUUUUAUUCUGUACUGUAGGCUUUGAAGAACAAAUGAUGGAGCAAUAGAUGGCAUAUUUGACCUCUAUGUCACCAAAUUAGAGAUAUACUUAGGCAGUGUGAAAGCCAAACUAAGUCAUCCAAGUCAUCCUGGUGUGAUUUAUUUCAUUUUUUUAAAUUUAAUUUCUAAAUGCUACUUGCUAUAUUGAGCUGUGCAACCAUAGUUUCUGGGACUGCCUCUUCUAUUAUCCCUUUAGUAACCCAGAUACUGCCAACAGGAAAUCGUUGCAAGUUUUUGAUCUCCUGUUCUUUAACAGUGGCCUAUUCCUGAUCACAAAAGCUUUGUAUAGGUAACUGAUCAACAGUCAUUCUAAUUGUGUAGAUUAGUGCGAUUUUAUAUUACAAGUAUGUAUGUAACAACUGCAAGUAGAAGAAUUUGUUUCUGUUCCAGCUUCUCCCAGCAUGUUGGAAAGUAAACUAAAGGAGUACAGGUGCAAAGCUAACAGCUCCUCCCUGCACUGUUUGAUAGGGGACUUUUUCUUAUAUGUGCUCUAUUUGCAGCAAAUAUAUCUAAAUGUGGCAUAAGAUCUUGCAUAGCACGCUGCCAUUCUCCUAGAAGCAUGCCCCCUUCAUAGCACUAACCUUUAAAUACCACCAAGAGCAUGCUGUGUGUCUGAUCCAUGCUGGAAGUGGACCAGCAGCUAAUAAAGCACGUGUGUUGUCUCUCUUCUAGGAAGUCUUAGUAAAGCAACAUGUAACUUUUUGGAAACAAUUAUACUGUAGUAACUGCUGCCAUCGUUAGACUUUGAAAUCAGAUCUGAUGAAAAGACAUUGUCAUAUAGCUCCUCUUAGAGAGGUGAAAAGCUCAGAGCAUUUCACCACCAGACAGAAGAGAGAUGGAGGGAGUACACGCAAGUCCUGGCAAUCCCUUCAUACCUGCUGCUGGUGUAUCUGCUGCUGUGGGGCAAGACUGGAUGAAGCUGGGGAGGAAAGAGGUCCUGGGAGAGAGAACUUUUUAAGUUGGAGAGUUGGAGAAGGAAAAAAAAAAAAAAAAAAAAACCUCCCCCGAGUGCCCUUCUACUGUUUUUCCUGUGGGAGGAAUGAGUCACUGAUAUGAGCAGUGAAUAAACAAAGGGUGACAGAUCAUAAAUGUAACUUAUUCACUGGAGCUCAGUGUUCAUCUAAUGCAGUAGCAUGUUUCUGUGUGUUCAUGGUUUGAGAUUAUAGCUGUUCUCCUAAUGAAGUCUUGGGAUAUGAGUAUACAGCAACUUUGCAGUAGUUGAAUGAGCAGGAAUAUUGAAAAGUUUUGCCCCUGUGAUAUAUGCCUUUACAUGCACC